CGAACACUGAGGCUUUGGAAAAGGGACUCUGAGUCUGGUUCCAUGAGGUUCUGCACAAUGCACUGGGCUUCCAUCCUGAUAGUUGCUGGGCUGUGUGGGGUCUCCCUGGGCCAGUAUGAAGAUGAAGAAGAUAUGUACUGGUUGCAUCAGUACCUUCGCAGCCAGGUGUCAUCCUAUAACUACAUGCCGUACUACGAGGAUGAGGCCCCCCCUUAUUCUUAUGUCCCGCCUGGGUCCUCCUUUGCGGAGACCAUCCUUGAGCCCGUUUCCCGGGAAUGCCCCCAGGAGUGCGACUGCCCCCCUAACUUCUCCACAGCGUUGUACUGCGAUAGCCGCAACCUGAGGUACCUUCCCUUUGUGCCUUCCAGGAUGAAGUACGUCUACUUCCAGAACAACCAGAUCACCACCGUCCAAGAGGGGGCUUUCGACAACGCCACGACGCUGGAAUGGAUUGCGCUGCAUGGCAACCAGAUAACCAGUGAGAAAAUGGGCAAGAGGGUCUUUGCCAAGCUCAAGAACCUGGAGAGGUUGUAUCUGGAUAACAACAACCUGACCAAGAUGCCCAGCCCCCUGCCCAGGUCCCUGAGAGAACUCCACCUGGCUUACAAUCAGAUCACCAGGAUCCCAUCCAAUGCUCUGGAGGGUUUGGAGAACCUUACUGCCCUCUAUCUCAGCCACAACCAGAUCCAUGAUAUAGGAGCAUCUUUCAAAGGGUUAAAGUCCUUGAUCCUUGUUGACCUGAGCUACAAUCACCUCAGAAAGGUCCCCGAUGGCCUCCCAAGCUCUCUGGAGCAGCUCUACCUAGAGCACAACUACAUCUACACCAUCCCUGAUGAGUAUUUCAAAGUGUCCCCUAAGCUGCUCUAUAUCAGGCUGUCCCACAACAGCCUGACCAACGAUGGGCUCUCCUCCAACACCUUCAACACCAGCAGCAUCCUAGAGCUGGAUCUGUCUUAUAACAGGCUCCAGAAGAUCCCCCGGGUUAGCACCAACCUCGAGAACCUCUACCUCCAAGGGAACCAAAUCAAUGAAUUCUCCAUCAGCAGCUUCUGCACAGUCGUCGACGUCAUGAACUUUUCCAAGCUCCAGGUCUUGCGGCUGGAUGGGAACGAGAUCCAACGGAAUGCGGUGCCCCCAGAUGCUCCCCUCUGCCUGAGGCGUGCUGCCGUCAUUGAGAUUUAACCCCAACCUCCUCCCCCCACCACCGUGCUCUCCCCCAGUCCUCAGGGCAGCACCACACCCAUUCCAGUAAUCCAGGCUGGGGGAGGCCUUCACUCUCGUUUUAACGCAGCUUGAUGGUUUGAUUUGGCUUCUGCAAUAGCGUAAUAUGGGUUCCCUGCCAGAGUAGGAGGGAUUGUCAUUAACUUCACCCACUAGAUGCUACCCCUUUUAGCCUAUCAGGUCACACCAGUAUGGAGGCAGUUCUCUGCUUUGUCUUAUAAAAACCCUAUCGUUCUCUCUCUAAACAGCCAAUCAGUUCUCUAGAUGAUUCCCCACCAUUGUCUUGCUGCACGUGUGUCCAUGCGGCUCCCACCAGCCAUGGGUGGGUUGCCUGGAGGGGACUCAAGUUGUCUCCGUUCAAAUGCAUUAGAUUUGAAAGUUUGAUGCCAGCUGGGACGGUUUUGGAGUUCAUGGUCUGUGUAGGAGGAACUGUGGUAAAGGGAUCAGAGACGGGGGAGGAGGAGAAUUCAAGUUUUUCAAAGGUAGUGUGAAAAACAGAACAGGCCAUGGGACCAAGCUCAUUUGAAGAGAGACUGUGGAAGAGAGGAGCAGAGAGGAAGGGCGAGAGGAAAAUUAGCUAUAAUCUAUGGGUCAGAACUUCACCAGGUGUAAAUGGGUGUAGCCACAUUGACUUAGAAUCAUAGAAUAUCAGGGUUGGAAGGGACCUCAGGAGGUCAUCUAGUCCCACCCCCUGCUCAAAGCAGGACCAAUCCCCAGACAGAUUUUUACCCCAAUUCCCUAAAUA